UCUAGGGUUUAUGCAAUUGUGAAUUGUGAACGUGAGAGAGAUGAUGCUUUUUCAUUUAAUUGCAAGUGUUCGAUAAAAUGUCUUUUCGUGUUUGAAUACAUUUUUUUAUGAAUAUUUUUAACAUUUUUAUACGUAUUUUAAAAUAUCUAUAAAUAGAUAGAUACUCCUCCCAUUUUAGUUGGUAGAUUACACCCAUUGCCCCUCUUCAGCAUUCUAUUCACGCCUCAUGCCAUUCAGAUUUAGCUAUUUUUUCCCAAGACUCACGUGUCAUGCCAGCACCCACGUGCCUUACUUUCAAAACUGCGGAGGCUUGCUACUUUUUUGUUUUUAAUAUGUUUAAAUUUGGCGGGUGGAACUGCUGGGUAACGUAGCGAACCAAUGGCUAAUGCUUCUAUUCAGAUGGACCUCAAUCUUUAUGUAUAUCUAAUCAUAAUGCAGCAUAUUUGCAUUUUGAAUUUCAAAUUCAAAAGCACGAGCUUCUUUUUUCUCUCCAUUUUUCUUCGCCGAGUCAGUGAAAGUCGACACUUCAGCUGGAGAAAUUCAUGGACGAUCUUAAAAGGGGAUGCCGUCAUUAUUCUGAUGUUGCUUCUGAUAACAGGGAUGGAAAAGGAAAAGCGCCUAGGACGCCCUUCACUGAUCUGACAAACUUAACAAACUGCUCUUCUCUCAAAUCGUCUUUCGAUGCCAUACACUCAGAUCACCGGGGUGCUGUCUCAGCCAAUGUGUCUAAAAAAGGUAUGAUUCUUAUGUUUUCCACGUACAUCGACCUUUUAAAUUGUUAUGCGUUUCACUCAGGUAUAAAGCAUAGGCCUCACACCGUCUUUUUUUUGUCCACUAUAAAAGUCAACAUUAUUGUUAGUACUAAAAAGGGAUUGGCUGCUGCAUGCGCUGAUUGUGUUUCUAGAUCUCCUGGUUCCAUUGAUUUAUUCCACAAGGCCAAUGUUCAUCUGCCUAGCAGAGGUCUUUUCUCUUCUGAAAACAAUAAUGUCAACAGCACAGCUACUCCUCUGCAAAGUUGCUUGAGUGAUGAUAUUCAGCGGUUUAAUACUAAACCAAAUUCCAGUGUGCAGCCUAAGAGAAGGAAGGCAGCUGAUGAUGAGCAUAAUGUUCAUCCGCAGCAGAUUUUUAAACCAAGAGGAAAGAAAUCUAAACUUCACAUGGCCAAGGAUCUUAGUUGUUUUACCACAAACAUUCCAGGCAACCAGACAUAUCCAGUUCAUGCUUCUGUUUUGUCCACUCAUCUUGAUGACGGAGAAUCCUCAUUCAUUGCAGAUGACCAAAUGUGUGACCACUUUAUUACCGAUCAUGCUGUGCCGGGUAAGAGAAGGGAGCCAGCUGAUGAUCAGCUGGGUGUUCAUUCGCAACAGAUGCCUAAACAAAGAACAAACAAAUCUAAACUCCACGUGGCUGAGGAUCUUAGUUGUAUAACCAGAAACAUUUUAACCAAUCAGACAAAUCCACUUGAUGAUUCUGUUUUGUGUACUCAUCUUGAUGACGGAGAAUCCUCAUUCAUUGCAGAUCAUCAAGUGUAUGAUGACUUCCUUGGCGAUGAUGAUUAUUCCGAACAUGACGAGGAAUUUAACUCCAGAUAUGAUAAAAAUCUAAAACCUGUUCCAGAAGGGUAUGGUUUCCUAGGUCCACCUACGGGGAAAUGUGUCAAAUGUCAAUCUAUAAUGUGGCCUGAGGAGAGAUCUAAUAAAGGUGUCAAAAAGGCUUUGUUCAAGUACACUAUAUGCUGUGGCAAUGGUAAAGUCAAGCUUCCACCGGCCCCAAGAACACCAUCAUAUCUUUGGCAACUUUACAAUGAUCCAAUCAAAGGUCCUCACUUUCACCGUAAUACACGGGUAUAUAAUACUAUGUUUGCCUUCACAUCAACUGGUGGCAAUGUCGAUACAUCUAUAAAUAGAGGUGGAUCGCCUUACAUUUAUAAGUUGAAUGGUCAAACCAUCACCUUUUUGGUUCCUUGA